AGGCCAAUAUAUAUACUUCAAUAGUAAUGUUUUGAUAACUACCUGUUCUAGAAUUUCUAAAAAUAGUUUUAAUUUUCAUGUUGUAAAUUUUCUUAUAAAACCUAACCAUAAAAUUAUACCAAUCAAAAUUUCUUUUUACGUUUAUUUAUCAAUGAUAUUUAACAACAAUGUCGCGAAAAGCAAACAGUGCUACUUUAAGAUUAAAGCAAGAUUAUUUAAGACUUAAAAAGGAUCCAGUGCCUUACGUCACUGCGGAACCUGUUCCUAACAACAUUCUUGAAUGGCAUUAUGUAGUUGAAGGCCCGGAAGGUAGUCCUUAUCAUGGAGGAUUAUAUCAUGGUAAAUUAGUUUUUCCGAGAGAAUUUCCAUUCAAACCGCCUUCCAUCUAUAUGAUCACACCAAAUGGUAGAUUUAAAUGCAACACUCGGCUUUGUUUGAGUAUUUCUGAUUUUCAUCCUGAUACUUGGAAUCCAGCCUGGUCUGUUUCGACGAUUCUCACCGGAUUAUUAAGCUUUAUGCUUGAAACGAGUCCAACAUUGGGAUCCUAUGAAACAUCUACCUUUGAAAAGAAACAACUUGCUGCACAAAGUAUUGAAUUUAAUCUUAAGGAUACAUUAUACUGUGAGCUUUUUCCUGAGAUUGUUGCUUCAUCUAAAGAGAAAAUAAAGAAAAGAAAUGAAGCUAGAAAUUCUCUUCCUGCUUGCAAUCUUGUCAGAGAGCAAAUAAACCAAGAACAGUCAAAUCUUCAAGCUACAAUUACAAAUGUUUGUGUGUUAGUUGGAGUGGCUGCCUUUGCUUAUAUUGUGAGAUAUGUUAUAAGGAAUUUAGCAAGUGAUUUUCAUGAAUGAGAAUAGCUUUUAUAAAAACUGAUAUCAUUUUGUAGCUGAGCUAUGGGAAUCGUUUAUAUUUUGUAAAUAUAUUUUUAUACAUUUUAUGAUACAUAUAUUAAACACGAUGACAUGCAAAUUAUAAAUAUAUUUAUUGUCAUGUCAUUACUUCAUCUAAAUUAAUUCAAAUUUAUAAAAAGAUUUAUGUGAUUGAGA